UCCCGGUGCCGCAGCUCUGCGCCCGCUCCUGCCGCUCCCAGCUCAGAGAAACCCCCUGAAAUCCUGACCUCCUUCUUUUCCUGUCCUGGAAAACUGGGAUACAAAGCAUCUGAGUCAGCUGGCAAAUUCUGAGGAUAAGACCCUUCAGAGAAUCAUCCCAAUCCUCAGUAUUUUUUUCUCUUCCUCCUCUUUUCCAUCAUCCUUUUUCUUACCCCAUAGAUUCCUCCUGCUGCUUCUUGCCUUAAGCACAUUCCUGCACACUCUCCUUCAGCCAAUCCCUUCCCAGCUCACCAACCCCAUCCAUCCCCUGUUGUCUAAAUCCCUUCUGGACUUCCCUUCUUGCCCCCCUGGGUGUCCAUGUCCUUAAUUACCUCUGAGGGAAUGUGCAAACGACCUACACAUGCUCCCAAGGGACCCUUGAGAGAUAUUUUGAGGUCAUCAUCCCUUUGUCCAGGAUGCCCUUCUAACAUUCCAUUUUGUCCCCUCAGUGGUCCUACCUGGAUCCCACCUGUGCCCCCCGGGCCUUGGCGCCCCCCUUGAGGGGAAUUUGGGGAGGUGGGAGGGGGGAGCGCCAAGGCCGGGCCCCCCUGCGCUGUGGUGGCGGGAGCGGCUGCAGUGGGGAGCGAGUGCGGGCGGAAGCGGCCGAGAGCCCAGCGCUGCGCCAGGCCGAGCUGGCCCAGCUCCAUCCGUGCCCCUGCGGUGGGAUGCUGUGGGACUGGGGGGGAAGAGGGAGGCGGCAGUGGGUGCUGGGCCUGGGGGCUGGAGGAGAAGGGAAGGAGAAGCAGGGCUGAGGAACAAAAUGUUCAAAGGAUGCACGUGGAAGGAGAAGGUGGGAUUGUGCAGGAGGAGAAAGAGUAGGAGGAAGAGAAGUGUGAGGAAAAGUAUGGCCACAGGAGGAGGAGGAGCAGGAAGAGGGAGCAGCACAAGGUUCCACCCUGUCUGUGUGUGCAGUCCCAGGAGUGUUUCCCUGCCCACAGUCAGCAGGUGACUGCAGAGGGGGAUGAUUUUCACUGGGCUGAAUCUUGGUGUUUCUGAGUUUUAUUGGGCUAAAUGUUGGUGGUUUGUUUUUUUGCAGGGCCUGAAUGUUUUUAUUCUGGAGGAGGUUUGCCUGAAUUUGGUGUUUGGGUAGUUUUUGAUCACUGUUUUUAUGUUUGGAGGAUGUUUGGGCUGAAUCUUGGUGUGUAGUAGGCUCUUACAGACACAAGAUGCCAAAUGACUUCCUCAGAUGAACUUGGGCAAGGAGGAAUCCCCACCCCAAAGCGCUGUCCUCUUGUUUUUUUCCCCAAACCAGGAUUUUACAUUCCCGCACCGUGGCCAGAUGGAAGAGGAGGAGGAAAAGCCCUGGAGAUCCCACAUGAGGAGGGGCUGCAAACCCAGUCCAGGGAGCUGUGAGGAGGAAAGAUCCCCCCUGUGCCAGGAACACGGCCAGAGAUCCAGCCGCAGCUCAGAGCUGGGGGAGAAGCCCCACAAGUGCUUGGAAUGUGGGAAGGGCUUCAGAAAGAGCUCCCACCUGAUCCAGCACCAGGUGAUUCAUACUGGGGAAAAGCCCUACGAGUGUGGGGAAUGUGGGAAGAGCUUCAGCCGGAGCUCCAGCCUGAGGAAUCACCAGAGGAUCCACACUGGGGAACGACCCUAUGAGUGUGGGAAAUGUGGAAAGAGCUUCGGAAGUAUCUCUCACCUGUUGACACACCAGGUGAUGCACACAGGGGAACGGCCCUACACCUGUUUGGAAUGUGGGAAGAGCUUUGGUCAGAGCUCCAACCUGAGGGCACACCAGCGCAUCCACACUGGAGAGAGGCCCUACGAGUGUCCCGAGUGUGGGAAGAGGUUUCAGCGCAGCUCCCAUGUCCUCAAACAUGAGCGGAUUCACACAGAGGAGAGGCCCUUCCGCUGCCCCGACUGCGGGAAGGGCUUCAACCGCAACUCCACCCUCACUCUCCACCGGCGCAUCCACACUGGGGAGAGGCCCUACGAGUGUCCCCAGUGUGGGAAGAGCUUCUCACAGAGCUCAGCCUUGACCAAACACCAACGGAGGCACCAGAUCCACACUGGGGAAAAGCCCUACGGGUGUGGGAAAUGUGGGAAGAGCUUCAGCCGGAGCUCUGACUUUUGGAAACACCAGACGAUCCACACUGGGGAAAAGCCCUACGAGUGUGGGAAAUGUGGGAAGAGCUUCAGAGAUAUCUCUGACCUGAUGAGACACCAGGUGAUCCACACAGGGGAACGGCCCUACACCUGCUUGGAAUGUGGGAAAAGCUUUCGGUGGAGCUCCUACCUGAGGGCACACCAACGCAUCCACACUGGGGAGAGGCCCUAUGAGUGUCCUGAAUGUGGGAAGAGGUUUCAGACCAGCUCUGAUGUCCUCAAACAUGAGCGGAUUCACACAGAGGAGAGGCCCUUCCGCUGCCCCGACUGCGGGAAGGGCUUCCAGCAGAACGGCAACCUCACCGUCCACCGGCGCAUCCACACUGGGGAGAGGCCCUACGAGUGUCCCCAGUGUGGGAAGAGCUUCUCCACCAGCUCUAACUUGACCCGACACCAACGGAGCCACACUGGGGAAAAGCCCUACCAGUGUGGGGAAUGUGGGAAGAGCUUCAGCCGGAGCUCCAGCCUGAGGAAUCACCAGGUGAUCCACACUGGGGAACGGCCCUAUGAGUGUGGGAAAUGUGGGAAGAGCUUCAGAGAUAUCUCUGACCUGAUGAGACACCAGGUGAUCCACACAGGGGAACGGCCCUACACCUGCUUGGAAUGUGGGAAGAGCUUUGGGUGGAGCACCGCCCUGAGGGCACACCAGCUCAUCCACACUGGGGAGAGGCCCUACGAGUGUCCCGAGUGUGGGAAGAGGUUUCAGACCAGCUCCCAUGUCCUCCUACAUGAGCGGAUUCACACAGAGGAGAGGCCCUUCCGCUGCCCCGACUGCGGGAAGGGCUUCAAGCACAACUCCACCCUCACCGUCCACCGGCGCAUCCACAGUGGGGAGAGGCCCUACGAGUGUCCCCAGUGUGGGAAGAGCUUCUCACAGAGAUCUGCCUUGACCCAACACCAACAGAGGCACCAGUAAGGGAAGCCCUGCGAGUGCCCCGAGUGCGGGAAGAGCUUUGUGCGCUGCUCCAGCUCCAUCCCCCAUGGGAGGAUCGGCGUUGGAUGAUCCCCAGUGACCCCCGUUGGGCAGAGCCCUGGUGAUCCGUGGUCCUGGUGAUCCGUGUUGGGAAGACACCUGGCUGGGAGGCUCCACAUC